AUCUCAUUCUUCACAAUCCUUUAUCAAAUUCACUUGUUUCUUUUUAUAUCUUUCCAUCAUGAACAAGAUCAGCCUCUUCGUCCUUUUCCUGGCUUGUCUUUGCCUGGUCACGGAAGCACAGCUGACGUUCACGUCAAGCUGGGGCGGGAAGCGAGGAGCGGUGACUGCCACCAUGUCAUGCAGGAGCGACGAAACUAUUGCUGCGAUUUAUAAAUUAAUCCAGAAUGAGGCCGAGAAACUUCUCCUUUGCCAGAAACCUUAAAGGGAAAACUUCAAUACGAAGUUUUCUAACAAACGUCGCCGCUAUGAUUAAAUGGAGGGCUUAUUUUAUAAUUAUUGUUGUCACCACGAGGUUUUAAAGCACAUGGAUCCAAGUCGUGUUAAACUAUGUUUUGCUUCGAAUAAACUAAGCUUUGUUAUUUA